CGUCAAACCGUUUGUAUACGUUUGUGGAGAGACCUACAGUCACUUCCGGUUCCUGCUGUGCAGAGCUUCCGGCUAGGUCUUUGCUCCCGUGUUUGUGUCCCCGCGCCGUGGGGCCUCCCUUCGCCCGGUCCUGAGGAGGAGACGCCGACGCCGCCAUCAUGUCAGGCUCCAGCAGCGCCCUCAUGAAGCAGCCCCCGAUCCAGUCGACGGCGGGGGCCGUUCCCGUCCGCAAUGAGAAGGGGGAGAUCUCCAUGGAGAAGGUGAAGGUGAAGCGCUAUGUCUCGGGGAAGCGGCCGGAUUAUGCCCCAAUGGAGUCCUCUGAUGAGGAGGACGAGGAGUUCCAGUUCAUCAAGAAGGCCAAGGAGCAGGAGCUGGAGCCAGAGGAGCAGGAGGAAGAGCUGGCCAGUGACCCUCGCUUGCGCCGCCUGCAGAACCGCAUCUCAGAGGAUGUGGAGGAGAGGUUGGCCAGGCAUCGUAAGAUUGUGGAGCCAGAGGUGAUGGGGGAGAGUGACUCAGAAACAGAGGGAGAGGCCUGGCGUGUGGAGCGAGAGGACACCAGUGAGGAAGAAGAGGAAGAAAUUGAUGAUGAGGAAAUUGAGCGUCGCCGUAGCAUGAUGCGGCAGCGCGCUCAGGAACGUAAGAACGAAGAGCUGGAAGUCAUGGAGCUGGAAGAUGAGGGCCGUUCUGGGGAGGAGUCUGAAUCGGAGUCCGAGUAUGAGGAGUAUACAGAUAGUGAGGACGAGACUGAGCCACGCCUUAAACCUGUCUUCAUCCGCAAGAAGGACAGGGUCACAGUCCAGGAGCGAGAGGCAGAGGCACUGAAGCAAAAAGAACUAGAGCAAGAAGCCAAGCGGAUGGCUGAGGAGAGGCGCAAGUAUACCUUGAAGAUUGUUGAAGAAGAAGCCAAGAAAGAGUUGGAGGAGAACAGGCGCUCUUUGGCAGCCCUCGAUGCUCUGGACACAGAUGACGAGAAUGAUGAGGAAGAGUACGAGGCUUGGAAAGUGCGGGAGUUGAAGCGCAUCAAGCGGGACCGAGAGGAGCGUGAAGCGUUAGAGAAGGAGAAGGCAGAGAUUGAACGGGUGCGGAAUCUGACUGAGGAGGAACGCCGUGCUGAGCUCCGAGCCAAUGGCAAAGUCAUUACAAACAAGGCUGUGAAGGGCAAAUACAAGUUCCUGCAGAAAUACUACCAUCGGGGGGCCUUCUUCAUGGAUGAAGAUGAGGAUGUCUACAAGAGGGACUUCAGUGCCCCAACUCUGGAGGAUCACUUCAACAAGACUAUCUUACCCAAAGUCAUGCAGGUGAAGAACUUUGGACGCUCUGGGCGAACAAAGUACACACACUUGGUAGACCAGGACACAACCUCUUUCGACUCUGCAUGGGGGCAGGAGAGUGCCCAGAACACUAAGUUCUUCAAGCAGAAGGCAGCUGGGGUGCGGGAUGUCUUUGAGAGACCCUCUGCCAAGAAGAGAAAGGUUACCUGAGUUUGGAUCUCACUGGACCAGCUUUGCCCUCUUUCUGUGGCUUAGGACCACAAAAUAUUUCCCUGGUUUGGACCCGUUUUAUUCUUCAUCUUUGGAUGGAGGCCUAGUCCGUCUUGAGCAGUCACCUUAACCCGUUUCUAGGGAGUUGGCACCAGCUUAGCAGGCUCUCCAUAUCCCUUGGAGUACACCUGCUCCCUCUUCAGUCCUGUUUGUUAAUUUUGUUUGCCGAUUGUAUAUACUUCUUGUUCUCUACAUGGACACUGUUGUAAGGGGAUGGAGUAGAAGAAAAGCAAGAUGAAUUCUUAUUAAAGGUAUUUCUUACCAA